AUGGCAAAUGGGGUUGAGAAAGAGAUGGGGGUGUUGUUUAGUGAAGAAGAGUUGAGAGAGAUGAGUGGGGUCAAGAGAGGUGGAGAUUAUAUAGAAGUGACGUGUGGGUGUACUAGCCAUCGAUAUGGUGAUGCUGUUGGUAGGCUUAGGGUUUUUAUCAAUGGUGAACUUGAAAUCACAUGUGAAUGCACUCCUGGUUGCGAUGAAGAUAAGAUGACUCCUGCUGCAUUUGAGAAGCAUUCUGGAAGGGAGACAGCUAGAAAAUGGAAGAACAAUGUCUGGGUCAUAGUUAACGGGGAGAAGGUUCCAUUGGCAAAGACAGUGUUGCUCAAAUACUACAAUCAGGCCUCAAAAAAUGGGAACGGAUCCCACAGGGCACACAAUGGACGAGCUUGUCACCGUGAUGAGUUUGUUUGCUGUAAUAAAUGUAACAAGGAACGCAGGUUCCGAUUACGGACCAAAGAGGAGUGUCGGAUUCACCAUGAUGCUUUGGCUGAUGUGAACUGGAAAUGUGCUGAUAUGCCAUUUGACAAAAUAACAUGCGAUGAUGAUGAAGAACGUGCAAGUCGAAGGGUAUACAGAGGUUGCACCCGUUCUCCAACAUGCAAAGGCUGCACUUCCUGUGUGUGCUUUGGUUGUGAAAUCUGUCGUUUCUCAGAUUGCAGCUGCCAGACUUGCACUGACUUCACUAGGAAUGCAAAAGAAUGA